UAGGGGAAAUAUCAAAAUCUUAUUGGUGUGUUAAAGAUUUAGGUGUGAACGCUCUCGAAGUUAACUUCGAGUUAACUCGGAGUUAACUCUGAAAAAUUUGUAGUGUGAACGUGGCCUUACAAUAUACUUUAGUGGCUGAAGUAUAUGGUAAUACCUAGACUAAAGUCAAGGGAAUAACGAAGCAUUCGUCACGAAGAGGUGUGGUCAGUCUGUAGAGGCACUGACGAUUAUCCAGCUUGUAUAACCUCUAUUUCAGCCAGUGUUUAACGAGAUUUUUACGGAGAUUGUAGUUGUACAGUGGGGUUAAAGGUAAGAGUAUAAAAGUUGUAAAAAACAGUUUUGUUCGCAAAUUGUGAAUCAAAAAGCAAAUUCAGUUUUAAUAUUGUAAGUACAAUUUGCUAUUAGAAACACUGAUUCUAGCAAUAAAAUCUUGAUUCUCUCAGAAGUGAAUAGCCAAAUUAAAAUAAACAAAAUAACAAAUAAAUUUAAAAAAUGCGUUGUGUGGAAUACAUUUUCUGAUCAAAAGAUAGGCGAAAUAACAGCAAUGCAGUGGCUUUUUUAUUGACCUUAUCCAUUUUAUCACUUUUAUUCCCAAACAUUAUCUUUAUAGUUCUAAUUUAGCAGCUUUUAGAGACUGGAGAUUUCCCAUGUCGACUAAGUCGCCUAACUUUUGCCGAUUAAUCGCGGUUUUGACUCAAAAUGUUGAUUAAUCACGAUUUUUCUGCUGAGUUUCCAAAAUAACAAGCCAAAAAAAUCGCCGAUUAAUCGGCAAAAGUUAGGCGACUUAGUCGAUAUGGGUUGUAUUGGUGACCUUGUUCUCGCACAGAAAGUUCUUUUGCAGGGUAUAACUAUUCGCUUUAAAUCGUUUCACAUAGAGAAAAACACAGGUUUCGGGACAGCUCUCUGAAAACUCAUAAAAUUGAUUUUCUGGUAGUUCUAGGACACAAAUAUAAUUUCCAAGACUGUGUUGAUCACUUACGAUUUCUAAAUUUGACUGUAGCACAAUACGUAACAUUAUCUAGUCAAUGGUCCGAAUUUUUCUUUUUUUUUUGUAGGUUGAAGAUGUGGCAGAAUCUUUUAAGAAGAACAAUUAUAUCGUUAUCUGAGCCUUGUACAAGGACCUUUUGUUGUCAGAAUUCAACACAACAACACCUAAAAUCAAUUAUGUCAAAAGAUAACUUUAAUAUUAAAAAGUACGGUCUGAUGAUGAAACAUUUCAAUAGAAAUGGUCAAAAUGAAAAAACACUGAAAUUAUUCGAUGAAAUGAUUUUAAAAAAUGAAGUAAACAUGAACGAAGUCAUUUAUCUUCUAGCCAUUGGUGCAUGUACAAAUAUGAAAAAUUUACAACGAGGAAAACAGAUUCAUCGUAGGAUGGUUAACAGUAAAAAUGAAUCAAUAAAAAAUGCAAUUCAAUUACAGAAUGCUUUGAUAAAUAUGUACGCGAGAUGUAAUGAUGUUAGAAAUGCUGAGCUGAUUUUUCAACAAACGAAACAGCGAAAUAUUAUUACAUUUAAUUCAAUGUUAAAAGGUUCGUACCUUCAGAUUGAGGUCAUGUGCUAUACAGUUAAUAAAAUGGCACAUAAAGCAAUUGAAUUAGCAAAAGUAAUUGAACAACAGCAAUUAAAGUUUAGUGCCGUUACAUACAAUUUAGUUAUUAAUGCAUGUAUCCAGAUUGGUAAUAGUGAAAGUUUCGAGAAAGGCAAGCAUUAUUACAAACAAUUGUUACAAGAUGAAAAAAUUCAGUUAUCUGAUGAUAUAAUACUACGAACAUCACUGAUAGAUCUAUAUGGCAAGAGUGGUGAUGUAAAAACGGCUGAAAAGAUUUUUAAUGAUAUGAAUAAUCGAGAUGUAACAACAUAUGGUGCAUUAAUGAAAUGUUAUAAUUUGAAUGGAUUACCACAUCGAUCAAUCGAAAUAUAUAAAAACAUGAAACAGCAAUCCAUUGUUAAUGACAUUUUAGUCAUUAAUGCAUGUGCUCAAGUCGGCUUUAAGGAAUUACUUGAAAAUAUUCAUGAAAAAAUACCGAAGCAAUAUGUUCAUCAUAACUUAAUGUUACAAACCUCCUUAAUCGAUGCUUAUUCUAAAUGUGGUGAUGUUAAAACAGCCGAAAAUAUUUUCAACUCGACAUCCGAACGUAAUAUAAUUACGUAUUGUGCAAUGAUAAAUGGAUAUGGUGUAAAUGGUUAUGGCCUUGAAGCUGUGAGUUUAUUUUAUAAAAUGAAAAAUGAAGCAAAAAUCAUACCUAAUCAACCAACAUAUGUUUGUGUUCUUAAUGCAUGUAGUCAUUCUGGCUUAGUUGGCCAGGCGAAAUCAAUUUUUCAAUCUAUUGAAAAUAAAGAUGAAAAAGUGUAUACAGCAAUGAUUGAUACAUAUGCACGUGUUUACCUAUUUGAUAAAGCUCAACUACUCAUUGACGAAUAUGAACAGCAACAAGGAAAUAAAUCGUAUUUACCAAUGUAUAUGGCAUUAUUAUCAGGCGCAAGAAAUAAUAAAAAUAAUCUAAAAGCAAAAGAAAUUUAUAAUAAGCUAUGUUCGAUACUUAAUGCAGAUAAUAAUACUUUGCUAGCUGCUUCGAUUUUAUUGUCGAAUACAUAUUCUGCACAUGGUAAUUAUGAAGAAGCAACAAAAAUAAGAGAACAACAACUGGUUGCAGGGGUGAAAAAAACAGUGGGUGUUAGUUUAACAGUAGUUAAUGGUCAAAUUUUUGAGUUUAAAGCACAUGAUCGACGUCAUCCACUAACAAAUAAAAUUUAUGAAGAAUUGGUCAAGAUGACCAAAGAACUCAAACAAGAUGGAUACGAAUGCGAUAAACGUUGGGUGACACGUGCUGCAGAAACUGGAGAAAGUAUUGAAUCUGUGUUAUGUGGUCAUUCGGAGAGGCUAGCGUUAGCUUUUAAUUUCAUUUCUUCUCCAACGUCUCCAAAAAUGAUCCAAAUUACAGAGAAUUUACGCAUAUGUGGGGAUUGUCAUGAUGUCACAAGACGCAUAUCAAAAAUCAGACACUGUGAAAUAAUUGUUCGUGAUAAGAAUCGUAUUUAUCACUUCAAAGAUGGUUAUUGUUCGUGUAGGGAACAUUUUUAA